GUCUAAGUCCCAGUAACGGUGCCUCUGAAGUGGUGGUCAACAGCUCAGAUCUAGAUCUAGGUCUAAACCUCUUCUUCACGCCUAUUAACUGCGCAUUAUGCCUCGCUAUCCUGCGUAAUGGGACAGCACUCAUCCCAUCCCACGCCGACGGCGGGGGAGACGGCGGGGGAGACGCACCGGUUACUUUCACCGGACCCAGAGCAGGUCGACCACGAUGGGUGUUUUCCACCGCACGGCAUCCAUGACAUAUGCCCUGCUAAUCCACACGCGGACCUUCCUGUCUAUACUACCAUCCAUAGAAUACGGAGGGACGUCAUUGCUGCGAUCGAUGAUCCCUACAGCCUCGAGCAAUUAAGAGAUCCUCGGAUGAAUCUUUCGGUAGUAAGGCCUUUGGUCGACAAGUUCUAUGAGGCCAACGAUGUCUCUAUGAUAUACUGUCUUUUGGUAAAUCGUGUCCAGUUUCAAAAGGAGCAGUCAACUCAGCCACAUCAACAAAGUGUAUGCACAACACGUGCACUUCUUUGCGAGCUGCUGGCCAACAGAAUACUGAGACGCUUCCACGAGGAUAAUACCGGGGCCCAAGGGCUGUUGCUUCUUGCCCAGAUCCUUGUUGGGGGUUUUGAUCCUUUUCAAGGUGCUCCCCCUGAAGUAGUUGAGGAGAAUAGCCACCUCUCAUGGACGAUCCAGACGAGGACUGGAUUCAAGCGAAAGCUCCCUGCACUAGAGAUCGCUAUCAUUUCUGAGAGUAAAGUCUUGCUUAGCUCGUCAGCAUGUCAAAUGGUGGUAAAUGCAAUAUUUGAAGGACGGGUGAUUUACACGCCAACUUCCUUCAUUGAUAUCCUUCCAGACCACUACAAGCAAAAGCCCAUCUCAUUGUACAAUCCUCGAAAGGCACCUCUCUUCAAUCAAUAUCGUCUGAUUGUUCCGAGAACGAGGAAUAUCCUGGAGGUCUGCCAGUUUGUCGGUCUCCUCAUGUUAUUCUUGCUCGUUAUGUCAGACCGGGAUGCGUCUACCUUUGGAUUGGCCGAGCUUGUUUUCAUAAUUUACACUUUUGGCUGGGUCCUAGAUCAGUUUGCAAGCAUUUUAGAGCAUGGGUGGCAUGUCUAUACACAGAACCUCUGGUCCUUCCUAGACGUUACAUUCUCUGCCACAUUCGGAAUUUACUUAGUUCUCCGAAUCCAUGGUUGGAGAACAGAAGCGUUCGAGCCUGGUCAGCAAGCGUUAGACGUUCUUGCGAUGGGUGCCCCCGUCCUCAUCCCCCGACUCGCAUUCAACCUCAUGUCAGAGAACAUGCUCUUCGUUUCCCUACGAGCUAUGAUGCGGGAUUUCACUAUUUUGACUGCUCUCGCCGUUUGGUGUUUUGCAGGCUUUCUCCUCUCGAUGACAUGGCUAAGUAACGGGGGCCAUCAGCCGAUUACGAUCUCUAAGUGGAUGCUUUGGGUAUGGUUUGGACUUGAUGGCACUGGCAUUCAACGAUCAGUCGACUUUCACUGGCUACUGGGUCCGAUCCUCAUGGUAGCAUUUGCUUUCCUGGGGAACACCCUCUUCUUAACAAUAUUGGUAUCUAUGCUUAGUACCACAUUCUCAACCAUCGUCUCAAACGCCACGGCUGAGAUUCAGUUUCGGCGCGCCGUCUUAACGCUCGAAGGUGUCAAAUCAGAUGCAAUAUUCGCAUAUCAACCUCCUUUUAACAUUCUCGCCCUUUUUGUACUUACUCCACUGAAGUUUGUCCUCACCCCCAGGUGGUUUCACAAAAUCAACGUCGCAGCGGUUCGUGUGAUAAACGCACCCCUUCUUCUUCUCAUCAGUCUCAUUGAACGACGCACUCUGUGGGCUGGUGCAAGACGCCAGCGAGAAGCAGAGCAACUGCCCAAAGCACCCAGCCGAGCUAACCUUUGGGACUUCUCACGGGGGUUCUCUGCCCACGGUGAUAUCCAGGCGGUCUUUGACGCGGAGCCCCCUCAGUCCAUAGAGGAAGAAAUUACUAAUGACGAUGAUUUGGGCCAACACGCACUUGAAGAUGAAUUUGCGAGGGAACUCGGACCAGAAGCAGGAGCGAAGUUAAGCAGGCGGAACACUGGCAAGAGUAGACGAGACUCGGUGGCCCCAUUUGCAGCCAUCACAGGCCGUCUGAGGACUCUAGUGGACGAGGGUAGUAAAGAGGGCGAUGAAGAGAAUGUGAAAACUAGGCUGGAGGGGCUUGAGAAGGCGACGUUGAGAAUUGAGAAGAUGCUACAGCGGUUAUGCGAAGAGCUAGAUGGCGGGAUGAGAAGAAGUGCUAGUUUGGAUGCAGGAGAGACAAGCACGUUGCAAAGUCUCGAUAAAAGUAAGAUUACUAGUGCAAAUAUUUGAGAGUUAUUUAUACUAAUUUUUAGGGCCUUAAUUUGAGGUAUAUAUUAUUAGUACAAGAGAG